AUAACAUUACGACAUUUGACAACAAUAGACGCCAUUUCAGCGUUACAAGCACAUCAAGGCGCUAUCGCAGAUUUUGAUGUUUGUGGGAAUAAACUGAUCACUUGCGGUUAUUCACCGAGGAUGGGAAAUCUGACUGGUGAUCGGUUUCUGAUGGUGUACGAUCUGAGAACAUUACGACCAAUGCCAUUAGUACCGUUACCAAUUGCACCCUCUUUUUGUCGCUUCUUACCGUCUUAUUCAGACAACCGCAUUAUGGUGUCUUCACAGGCAGGAGAAUUGAUAGUGAUGGAUUUGAACGAUCAGACUGGUCAACAGAUUCCCAUACAGUUGGAUACGAAUGGUUGUGCGAUAUUUUCACUGGACAUUAGCCCGUCACGGCAGUGCAUUGCAUUCGGUGACCAAACAGGCAAGUGA